CUUUUGCUCUUUUCUUAGCUAUAACAGGCUAAGAAGAAAGUGGACUUCAUUGCUCCCAUGGCUUCCCUUCUCUCCUUCACCCUCCCCAAACCCACCACCCUCAUCAGAGCCUCUUCCUCCUCCACUCCCUCCACCUCGACCACGACUUCCACGUCCACCCCCCAGGCUCUCAACGAGAAAUUCGCCUGCAAGGGCAUUCACUUCUCCCAGCACAACAGUGUCCCAGUUGUCGACCUCAAGGUCCGCAAUGGCAGCUCUGUCAGGGUCCAUAUACCUGAUGCUCAUGUCACCUCGUAUAAGCCCAAGGUGUCCUGGAAGGAAGAUGGGUUCGAGGAGGUCCUCUACACGAUCCCCUCCUCCUCCGCCCCGGACCCGACCAAGUUCAAGGGCGGGGUUGGGCUGGUGAUCAAUGACAUGUCUGGAGGGGAAGGUUCCAAAGGGUCGCUUGUGUCCGGGUCUGAGUGGACCGUGAAGGAUGUGGACUCUGACGCCAUUGAUGCCCUGCAGGUUGAGCUCAGCAGCACCAGUGGAACCCUGGAUAUAACCUAUGUUAUCUCGCUGUACCCACUGAGUAUGGCGACGGCAGUGAUAGUAAAGAACAAAGGCCGGCAGCCCGUGACUCUGACCAGUGCGAUAUUGAGCCAUCUUCGGUCCAAAAAGCGAGGAGGGACGGCAAUUCAAGGGCUCAGAGGUUGCUCCUACUGCUCCCACCCUCCUCCAUCUUCUCCCUUUGAGCUCCUGUCUCCUGGAGAGGCUAUGAAGACCGAGUCUUCAGGGUGGUUUUCUUCUGAGACUGAACCAAAACCAGGGAUUUGGAGUAUGCAGGACGUGCCCAUAACGAUACUGCAGGAUAAGGUCAGCAGAAUAUAUGCUGCUCCACCCGAGGAACGACUCAAGGCCUUCUACAAUACCCCUCCUUCCAAAUACGAAGCUAUCGAUCAGGGUCGCGAGCUUUUCUUCCGGAUGAUCCGGAUCGGCUUCCAAGACAUAUAUGUGUCCAGUCCCGGGUCCUUCUCCGAGAAGUUUGGGAAGGAAUACUUCAUCUGCACGGGCCCUGCCUCAGUGUUGGUCCCUGAGGUGGUACAGCCCGGUGAGCAUUGGAAAGGAGCACAGGUCAUUGAGCACGACAAUUUGUAACUACAAAUUUUUUAUAGAUUGAAGGGCUAUCCCCCUUCUUUGUUUCCAAUUAGCUUUCUAGGAUUUUCUUCUUCAUUUUCAAUUUUUUGUUUUUCUUGUAAGAAAUGUAAUGACACGACUCAUCAAAUGCAAUAUAUUUACGAUGUCUAUGCCCGUAUAGAGGGCACUAAAA